AUAACCAAUCCACUGGACUGUUCCAGGCUGUUUUCUCUGUGGGUCCUGUGAUCUCCAGUCAAAGAUGGACAUUCAGAUGCCACAGUUAUCAUUGGUACAGCCAACAGGUGUGGUCAGAACCUAGUGAAUCCCUGGAGCUCCUGGUCUCAGGGACCCUCCACAAAUCCACAAUCAAGGCUGAACCAGGAUCCAUUGUAACCUCAGGUAUACUCAUGACCAUCUGGUGUCAGGGGACCCUGGAUGCAGAAAUAUAUGUUCUCCAUAAAGAGGGAAGCCAAAACCCUUGGAGAUGCAAACCUCAGAGAAGCCUGAGAACAAAACCAAGUUCUCCAUCCCUUCUGUGACACAUCUACAUACAGGGCAAUAUCAAUGCUACUGUUACAGCUCAGCUGGCUGGUCAGAGCGCAGUGACACCCUGGAACUGGUGGUGACAGGAAUCCAAACAGUAAACCCAGGCUGUCAACCCUGCCCAGCCCUGUGGUGACUUCAGGAGGGAAUAUGACUCUCCAGUGUGUCUCGGGGAAGAGAUAUGACAAGUUCAUUCUCACCAAGGAAGAUCAGAAGUUCCUCAGCUCCGUGGACUCACAGCCUAUCCAAGAAGCCAUCCUUGCUGAGUCACCAAGGCCAUAUCUGCACCCUGGGAAAAACUUCACCCUGCAGUGUUGUUCUGACAUCAGCUAUGACAAAUUUGCUUUGUACAAGGUGGUGGUAGCUGACUUCACCCAACACUAUGGCCAUAGGACCCAAGCUGGUCUCUCCUUGGCCGGCUUCAUACUGGGCUCUGUGAGCAUCUCUACUGGAGGCCAGUACAGAUGCUAUGGUACACACAACCUCUUCUCUGAGUGGUCAGUCUCCAGUGACCCCCUGGACAUCCUGAUCUCAGGUCGUGGCCUAUUGGCAAAGUUUUGGUGGACUCCAGUUGAUGCAUCUGUCUCUGGCGGAGGGACCCAUUGGAGUCUCAACCCCACCACCCUCAAGGCCUAUGAAAACAGAUGGUGAGUUUCACGCAUAUCAGUGCAGGGAGUAAGCUCCAUCCCCAGGCUGCCUCACUGCUCCUACUCCACUGAAGUCCUCAUUUCUCUGUCACUUCAGCUUGUGAGAUAAGGAGGCAAACAGAUCCCAAUAGAGACCCCAGGCACCCAAGACUUAGAGGUUGAGAUAGAGAAAGUGGUGUUGAGAGAUAGAUGUUCUGAGUCAGUGUAGUGACUCUGGAUCAAUGCCUGUAAUGUCAGGACAAUUUUUUCUACUCUGAAUUUUGUGCUUUCACUGGUGUUUUACAGUGGUGCUGAAGGAAAUAAUAAGAAUAAGACUGGGAAGUCAGCUAUGCCAAGGAAAAAAGAUUCAUUCCAGAACUUCAUUGGUUUAUAGAAUGAGAAUGAUGGGUAUUUAAAUUGAAUGAGCAAGCAGAACACAGAAAAAAAAUUCUCAGGUCAUAUGCCCACAUCAUACUCUUCUCCUGUUCACAAAAUCAUUGAAGACUAUCAGCCCAUCCUAGAACAUGCCUAAACCCAGGACAGUUGAGUAAAGAGAAUUCAAACUCAGAGCACUGAAAGCAUAGGGGCCAAGUUUUGUCAAGGAAAUGUAGGGAUCAAUGGUGGACAUUCAGUUAUCUGGGAGACAGUUAUCUUGGGAUUGUUUAGUUUUCUUGAGUUAAACUCUGAAACUUUAACUUUUAACUUUAAGAACUUUAACUUUUAGCUUGUAUAUAUUUUUAACACACUGUAAAACAUU